UUUAGGCAAGUAUUCAAACUCUUAACAACUGGUUGGAAAAUUUGUGGAAUGAUGAAGUGUUGAGCGCGGCGAGAGAAGUGAAGAGAGGACAUCGUCGGCCAGGAAUGCCGGCAUCGGCGUGCAUCUUUUGCCAAAUCGGUCGGAUUCCCACCACUACACGCCUGCUUUACCAGGAUGAACGUGUCGUCGCUUUCCAGGACAUCAACCCUUCCGCGUUCCGACAUUACUUGGUCAUCCCUAUUGAGCACAUCCCAACAGUGAAAAACCUUGAAAGAGGACAACAACACUAUACUUUGGUCAGUCACAUGCUUAAUGUUGGUAAAUCGCUGUUACAACAAGAUGCCGCUCAGUCUAAUGAGCAUAGAUUUGGCUUUCACCAACCCCCGUUUAAUAGUGUUGACCAUCUGCACCUUCAUUGCUUGGCACUUCCUUUUAUACCAUGCUGGAAAUUUAUUAAAUACUCGUCAUUGGGGCCACUUGGUGGAUUCAUUCAAGCAGAGGCGCUCUUGGAGAAGCUUAAGCCCUCACAGUUUUCCCAAAUAUAGAGAAAAUUUUCAGCUGUUGUAGUCUAGAAAAAUCAAGAUGAUCUGCCUCUGCAUCAAAAGGAGUAGCCAGUGCCCAGUGAUGUUAUGGUCUACCUUUAGAUUAGUUUAGGUGUUUAUAGGUUAAGUACUUGAAUGUAUGAAUCCCUCUAUAGUAUAUACAUGCCUCAUAGUGGUAAAACACUUCAUUUUUUUUUUAUGUAUCAAUGGUUCCUAGUGAGCCUGUUCCCUGCCUCUUUGCAGGACUAGCCUUUCAUAUUUGGUUGAUCUUUGCAAGGCAGGCCUUAUAAGUAUAUGCGAGUCUUGCUAAAUCACAUGUUUUUGCACUUUCAAUUAUGGAUGAAAACGAAGAUCAAUCUGUGUCUGUUUUGGUGGGGAUUUGGUAAUUUUUGAAUAGCUAAUGUAUUUUGGAGCCCCAAUCCUCUUGAUUAGAGCUUCAAAGAAUGCUUGUUACUCAACUUAGGGAGCAUGUCAAAUAAGGUUGUGGUCGAGGAAAAAGUCAAAGGUUAAAAGCGGAGAGAGAAGAGGUGCAUGUUUCAUAUUUGAAAUAUGUGGACUACACUAUUUUAUCUUUUUAAUUAUUUUUAUGGUGGCUUAUUUAGAAAUUUUCAAGAAAAUUCUUACUGUGUUAUAGAUGUAUGAGGUGGUUUCAGGCUUAAAUUUCUCUAAAUAUAAUAUAACAGGCUUAAUCAUAUUGUGCUCGGGCAUUAUGCAGCUAUUGUUGGAUGCCAAGUUGAGGAUGAACUUGGGUUUGCCUCUUGGAGAUUAUCCACAUUCAAAAAUAUUUGGAAAAUUUGUCAAGAAUAAGCCAACCUUUAGUCGAUCUUCUCAAAAUAAGUCAAGCUUUUGAUUAACUCAAAAUAAGUCGACCUUUGCUACCCCUCAUCUUUAAAUGCGCUUUCUUACCAGUUACCUACUACAAAAAAUAUCAAUUUACUUUUUUUCCUUUUUAUUUACAUUCCCACCUUCCCUUUACAAAAAUAAAAUAAAACAUAAAAAAUAAAAACCAACCACCCACCCACCCACCAUCCAAGCCAACCAGACCCAUACCACCAACCAAUAACAACCCAGGCCACCUCAAAUUCUCCCUCGAUUACUGCCGCUCAAAGUUGCCCUCACCUCACUGCAAUCAAUAGCAAAAUUGAGCCGUGCAAUUGACAACCCACCAAUAGUCCGCCCACCAGGCCUCAACCACCGUGCCCAACCAAUAAAUCCUUAUUUCCAAAACACACCACUUCGGCAGUUCGGCCACCCCCUCUUUAUAUCGCCACCUUAAUUAGACAAUCAGCCACCUACUACCUAGGCCAUUGCCUGCAAAAACCCUCUUCCUUCCUCUAUAUUUCUUCUUCUUGUGCCACUUUCCUCCACCUACACCACCCAUGGCGUCUUCAAGAUUAGCGUCGCCAGGCUCGCCAGUCGCCACCAACUUAACACUAGUCAAGUGAGGGUUUUUUUUUUUUUUUUUUUUUUUUUUAAAAAAAAUGGGGUCCAAGUGGUUUUUGAUUGGUGGGUGGGAAGUUGUUUUAGGAGUUGGGUGGUGGUUUCCAGCGUAGUGGUGGUUUCGGGGAAGGGGGUUGCAGGAGAAGCGAGGAGGGUGGGCAUGGAGGCUGCGAAGGGGAGCCGGAAAAAGGGAGGUGAACAUGGAAGGUAAUGGUGGGACAUUGGUGGCCGGUGGGGAGGUGGGCAGGGGUGGGGAAGCGGUGGCAGGGGAGGGUGAGGGAUUGCUGGGAAAUGAGGAGGAGAGAGACUUCCUUUAUUUUUUUCUUUGGUUAAUUGAAAAAAAAACAUGAAGCUUUUUUAUAAUUAAUUACAAAAAAAAAUUAAUUAAAAUUUUACAAAAGACCAACCUUGUUAUGACACGUGGCAUUGUUUACCUGAACAACCGGUUACUUCCUAAUUCAACAGGUUUUGACUCGUUUUGAGAAGAUAUCAUAUUAAAGUCAACUUAUUUUGAUAUAAUUGAAAGUUUGACUUAUUUUGAGAAGACCGGCCAAAGGUUGGCUUAUACUUGACAAAUUUUCCAAAAUAUUUUGGGAAACAAUUAUUUUGAGGAUAUUUAGCCAACUUGGUGGGUGGAAGAUAGUCUUAAUUUUUUUUUUGUUUUGUUUUGGGGGGGGUGGUUGUGUGGAGGGGGUUGGGUGGGGGAGGAUAAGUUUGACUCAAUCAUGCUUGUCUAGUAUCCAUCUCUAUUAUCUCUCCCUGAUAAAAAUCUGAUAUCUGUUGCAAGUGAAUGGAGAGAAUGAUGAGGAGUAUUUUUGCAGUGUGGGGCAACCAAUAUAAAGAGAGAUUGUCAUAGGAGUUGGGAUUUGUUGUGUUGACUGAAAGCAGGAGGUCUAGGGUAUGGAAAGUGGAUGUCAAAAUAUGUUGCACUUGUAGGAAAAUGGUUGUGGCGUUUUCCUUCUGAUUCUCAGUCCCUUUGGCAUCUAGUUUUUAGGACCAUAUAUAUGCUCUGUAUUGGGUUGGUUGCACAAGGGGCUCUUAGAGUGAAACUUGGUUGUCCUUGAAGGUUUGUUUCAUUAGUCUUUUUUUAUUCUCCUAUUCAGUGAGGUUCAAGGUAUGGGAUGGUGUCAUAUUCGUCUUUGGAAAGAUGUUUGGAGAUGAGAGCUGCCUUUUAGUGCCCGAUUCUUUCUAAUAUACCAAAUGUCUACUCUCCAUAACCUGCAUGUUGCUGGUCUUUAUGGUGGUAAUGCUUGAGAUUCUACGGUUUUGGAGAUCACAACAUGAUAGGGAGUUAGCGGAGUCACUUCUCUACUAUCAGUUGCUGCUGUGUUAAAAGUGUAUAGUUGUGUGCCUAAUAUGUCUAUAUUAUCCAAAAUUGUAAACUUUUGUUGAUUGCACAUAUGCUAUAUCAAUGGGAAUGAAUUUGGUUCA